AUGAUUAAUCUUACAAUAAUCCUCCAUUAACGCUAAGAUAUGAAAGAUCCAAAUUUGUUUUGAAGAAAAAACUCGGGUUUUGUAUUUUUCAUAUCCCCGCCAAAUCUUAUCGUCGAGCUGUAAUAGAAAAUCGUUCAUCCUGUUGGGCGGUCUGAAAAUCCGAGUAAUCUGUACUCCUAUCAUCGGAGCCGGAUAAUUUAGAUAUUUACUUCGCCUUCUUCUCCGGUUUUUCCCCCGUUGGGUUCAUAUUAAACACUUAGAAUCGCGCUUUUCAGUGAUAGAUUGAAGAGAUGUUAUCGGAGCCAUCUCAAACAGAUUCAUAUAAACCUUACACUCUAUCCCAAACCCUAACUUCCCACAAGCGGUGUAUUUCAUCCGUCAAAUUCUCAGCGGAUGGCCGUCUUCUUGGCUCUUCCUCCGCCGAUAAAACCCUUCGCACUUAUUCGUGCUCAAAUUCCACUGUGACCCCAGUUCAAGAAUUCCAAGGUCAUGAACAGGGUGUCUCCGACUUGGCUUUCUCCUCCGAUUCUCGUUUUCUCGUAUCCGCCUCCGACGAUAAGACUCUUCGCCUUUGGGAUGUCUCUACUGGAUCUCUUGUCAAGACGCUCAAUGGCCAUACUAAUUAUGUGUUCUGUGUUAACUUCAAUCCCCAAUCUAACAUGAUUGUAUCUGGUUCCUUCGAUGAGACUGUCCGCAUUUGGGACGUCAAAUCUGGCAAGUGUCUUAAAGUCCUUCCAGCUCACUCUGAUCCUGUCACUGGCGUGGAUUUCAAUCGCGAUGGUUCGCUGAUUGUUUCGAGUAGCUAUGAUGGGUUGUGCAGGAUUUGGGAUGCGUCUACUGGUCAUUGUGUAAAAACUUUGAUUGAUGAUGAAAACCCACCUGUUUCUUUCGUCAAGUUCUCGCCCAAUGGGAAAUUUAUCCUUGUUGGGACUUUAGAUAAUACGUUGAGAUUGUGGAACUUCUCCACUGGAAAAUUUCUGAAGACUUAUACGGGCCAUACUAAUUCAAAAUUCUGCAUCUCCUCCACCUUCUCCGUAACAAAUGGGAGGUAUAUUGCGAGUGGUUCAGAAGACAAUUGUGUAUACCUAUGGGAGUUGCAGACGAGGCAGAUAGUUCAAAAACUGGAAGGUCACUCUGAUACAGUUAUAUCAGUAUCUUGUCAUCCCAGCGAGAACAUGAUUGCUUCUGGAGCAGUGGGAAAUGACAAAACUGUGAAGAUCUGGACCCAGAAGGGCUCAGAGGAAUGAUUAGUUCAUUUAUCAAAGCAAUCCACGAUCAAGGUUUGAACAUAUAACUCUGUCGUGGUGGCACAGUACUUGUAACUUAGUUUAAGUAGUUAUAAACUGUUGAGAACAUAACUUUUGAAAAGUUGAGCAUGUAAGUUUUGUUUCUAUGCUUAGCAUCUCUGUUAUCAUCACCCUAACGUCUGCUAUCACAGAUUUGGUGGCGUUUGUGGAUGUAGAGUAGUUUGUUUGCUCCAUCCAGGAGUUAGGAAUGGUAUUUUCUUUCCAUUUUCUUUAAUUUCCCCAGAAUGUUGUAUAAGUAUGAUUUUCAGGCUGUAAGGAGAGUGGUAGUGGCUAGUGAGCCCCAAGAAUGCCUCUUCAGGACCUCCGAUGUACUUAUAAUUAGGGUUGUACAGGGAAUGAAUGACGCAGACUCACUGAAGCUGAGAAAUGGUCCACAAAAACGCUGACCCUGUGGAAAAAACUGAUUCCAACAGUAUUCACUUUGUGGACAUAACAAAAGAAGAGUAAAAAACUUAGGCUUAGAUACAGAUGGACGUGUCAACAGAGGCACAAACUAACUGCAACUCCUCAAACCUAAUUGUCUUCAUUUCAAUCGAAGGUAGGGUAUGAGUCAUUUUGUGACUCGUAGCUUUAUUGGUUUGAUGUUGGGCCAUUUGAUUUGUUUUCAAAACAAGAGUACAAGACUUGAGAGUUAAAACUAUAUCGUAACAAGAUUGAUUUCUUAUU